AUGCUUCUCGAUUUAUCAUUUUACAGAAGAACCACACAGAGAAAUGCUGCAAACGCCUUAGUUGAUGCUCUAUUUGUUCAAACUAAUAUAGUCUCUAUAUUCCUUGGUGCUUCUACUCCAUUUUUGGAUUAUCUUUAUUCUCAAUUCAAUCAUACUUUUGCCAAUAAUGUUCCAAGUGCUGUUAGGCUUUUAGGCUUGAUAAUUGAAGUAUGCGCCAGUAAUAUAGUAAGCUUUGAAAUGAUCGAGCCAUGUCUUAAAGCAAUGACUGCUAUGAUCUUAAUAAUUGACAAAAUAAAUGGUAAUGCUUUCAACUGUCACGCUCCUUAUCCAGCGUACAGAUGUCUUCAAAUUUUAUUUGAGACAACUCCUCGCCAAGAUAAUCUCAUCAAUACAAUUCGUUACAAUUCGAAGAAUCUUAAUAAUGAGGAUACUUUAGAACCGAUAAAAGAAUUGUUUGCUAGCUAG